AUGAUUAAUCAGCGUAAACAAGGAAACAAACUAGCGGAUCAAUCGAUGUGGACAGGAAUAAUUGUGGCGCGCGCAAGCGGGACGAAGAGGCGAGGAGAAGGAGAGGCGGGGUUCGCUGCGAGACGGGGGUGUCUUCGUGUCAAACGUGAUAUUUGGGCGAAGUACCAACACACACCGACCGAUGGACGAAACGAGCCAACGGCCACCUACUCGCUGGUCUCUCGCCAAUACCCGUGCUCUUGCCGUCAAUCCAUCUGGUUACUCCGCGAAUUGCAUACUCUCUGCAUACGACCAGCUGACCGCCGCUGGUCGCCUAUUUAG